AUGGCUUCUCCACAGAUGCCAUCAAAUUUCAGGAACAUUUGCAGGUUAUUAGUUAAUGUUGGAAUUCAGCCUAUCAGCAUAGGAUUUAGUACUUUGACUAUGGAAUCGGAUAAGUUUAUUUGUGUCAGGGAAACUACAGGUGAGACGUCACAAGUUGUAAUUAUUGAUAUGAAUGAUCCAAUGAAUCCUACUCGUCGUCCUAUUUCUGCCGAUACAAUAAUAAUGAACCCCGUAAGCAAGGUAAUGGCUUUAAAAGCUGGGAAGUUGUUACAAAUUUUCAACAUCGAACUGAAAAGCAAAAUGAAGACAUACACCAUGCCAGAAGAUGUCGUAUUUUGCAAGUGGAUAUCCGUGAACACCAUUGCACUCGUAACUGGCACAAGCGUUUAUCACUGGGCUAUGGAUGGUGAUUCAAAUCCAGUCAAGAUGUUUGAUCGUCACCAGUCUCUGACGUCUACUCACAUCAUAAGCUAUCGUUGUGAUCCAAGUCAGAAGUGGUUGUUGCUUAUCGGAAUAAAUCCAGAAAAAAACCGAGUUGUUGGGUAUAUGCAAUUGUAUAGCGUGGAGCGCAAAGUUAGUCAAGCGAUAGAGGGCCAUGCCGCUGCAUUUGCUCGUUACAUAAUUGAGGGGAACACCAGUCCCACCACGUUGUUUUGCUUUGCCUCACGAAAUGCCCAAGCGUGCAAAUUACACAUAAUUGAAGUUGGCCAACCACCUGCAGGGAACCAACCAUUUACUAAGAAAGCUAUUGAUGUUUACUUCCCACCAGAAGCUCAGACCGACUUUCCUGUUGCAAUGCAGACCUCGCCAAAGUACAGCAUCAUAUACUUGAUAACGAAAAGCGGGUACUUACACCUUUAUGAUAUUGAAAGCGGAUCAUGUAUAUAUAUGAAUCGGAUAAGCAGCGAGACUAUUUUCGUAACAGCUCCUUAUGAACCAACUUCCGGUAUCAUUGGCGUUAAUAAGAAAGGGCAGGUAUUAUCCGUCAGUAUCGAUGAAGAUACUAUCAUCAGUUACAUAACCACUACAUUGGAAAACCCUACACUUGCACUCCAAAUGGCUUCCAGAUGCAAUCUUCCUGGUGCGGAAGAUUUGUUUUUCAAAAAAUUCGAUUCUCUUUUUCAAUCCGGUCAAUUUCUAGAAGCUGCGAAGUUAGCAGCUAAUGCUCCUAAAGGUAUUUUGCGCACUCCACAGACAAUUCAACGUUUUCAACAGAUGUCAACUACACCAACGGUAGCAUCGGCCCUGUCGAAUUAUUUUGGAAUUCUACUUGACCAAGGUCAGCUUAACAAGUUCGAAAGUCUGGAGGUUUGUAGACCAGUUUUACAACAGAAAAGGAAACAGUUGUUGGAAAAGUGGUUGAAGGAGGACAAAUUAGAAUGUUCAGAGGAGUUAGGCGAUCUUGUUAAGCAGGCGGACCCUACAUUAGCUUUGUCCGUCUAUCUAAGGGCCAAUGUCCCACCAAAAGUUGUACAGUGUUUUGCGGAAACUGGCCAGUUUCAGAAAAUCAUCGUUUAUGCAAAGAAGGUCGGCUACACACCAGAUUAUAUUUUUCUGUUACGCAACCUAACUCGUAUCAACCCAGACCAAGGUUUGCAGUUUGCCCAAAUGUUGGUUCAGGAUCAAGAACCUUUAGUUGAUUUAGAACAAGUUGUAAAUGUGUUUAUGGAUCAAGGUUUAGUGCAACAAUGUACAUCAUUCUUACUGGACGCAUUAAAGCAUAAUCGACCUUCUGAGGGACAUCUCCAAACUCGUCUAUUAGAAAUGAAUCUAAUGUCAGCACCUCAGGUUGCAGAUGCAAUUUUGGGCAACCAAAUGUUUUCGCAUUAUGAUCGGGCAGCUAUUGCUCAGUUGUGUGAGAAAGCGGGGUUGUUGCAGCGGGCUUUGGAACACUAUACUGAUCUUUACGACAUCAAACGGGCUGUCGUAAGUACACAUUUAUUAAAUCAUGAGUGGCUUGUCAAUUAUUUUGGCUCACUUUCUGUCGAUGAUUCUCAAGAACCUGAAGUUCAUUUUAAAUAUAUUCAAGCUGCCUGUAAAACCGGACAAGUCAAAGAAGUUGAACGUAUUUGUCGCGAAAGCAAUUGUUAUGAACCAGAACGAGUUAAAAAUUUUCUUAAGGAGGCAAAACUUACGGAUCAAUUACCUCUUAUUAUUGUCUGCGAUCGCUUCGAUUUUGUUCAUGAUCUCGUCCUUUAUUUGUUUCGUAAUAAUUUGCAGAAAUACAUUGAGAUUUAUGUGCAAAAAGUUAAUCCAGCCCGUUUACCAGUGGUUGUUGGAGGUCUUUUAGAUGUUGAUUGUUCAGAGGAUAUAAUAAAGCAGUUGAUGGCCGUUGUUCGUGGUCAGUUCAAUACUGAUGAACUUGUUGCAGAGGUGGAAAAGCGCAAUCGGCUGAAGUUACUACUGCCAUGGCUUGAAUCACGUGUACAUGAAGGUUCUGUUGAGCCUGCUACACACAAUGCCCUAGCAAAGAUUUACAUUGACCUUAAUAACAAUCCUGAACGUUUCUUGAGGGAAAAUCAGUAUUAUAAUAGCUCUGUUGUCGGUAAAUACUGUGAAAAGCGUGAUCCACAUUUGGCGUGUAUUGCAUAUGAACGUGGACAUUGUGACCAAGAUCAAAUCAGAGUUUGCAAUGAAAACGCAUUAUUCAAAACUGAAGCUCGUUACUUAGUUAGACGGAAAGAGCCGGAGCUGUGGGCAGAAGCUUUGAGUGAAUCUAAUAGUUACCGUCGACAAUUAAUUGAUCAAGUUGUUCAGACAGCACUUUCUGAAACCCAAGAUCCUGAAGAGAUAUCCGUUUCUGUUAAAGCGUUUAUGGCUGCAGAUAUGCCGAACGAACUAAUUGAACUUCUGGAAAAAAUAGUUUUGGACAAUUCAGUAUUUUCUGAUCAUCGCAACCUUCAAAAUCUUUUAAUUCUAACUGCAAUUAAAGCUGAUAAAAGUCGUGUCAUGGAAUACAUUAAUCGCUUAGAUAAUUAUGAUGCUCCAGAUGUUGCUAACAUAGCCAUAAAUAAUUCUCUUUUUGAAGAAGCAUUUGCCAUUUUCAAGAAAUUUGAAGUCAACACAUCCGCUAUACAGGCAAGUUUGAUUGACCAUGUCAAAAAUUUUGAUAGGGCCUAUGAAUUUGCUGAACGUUGUAAUGAACCAGCUGUCUGGAGUCUUCUAGCGCAUGCUCAGUUAGCUCAAGGUUCCAUAAAAGAAGCCAUUGACUCAUAUGUGAAGGCGUCUGAUCCUAGUCGAUUCCAAGCAGUUUCCGAAGCUGCUUCAAACUCUGGUAAUUGGGAAGAUUUAGUUCGUUAUCUCCAAAUGGCACGAAAGAAAGCCCGUGAAACGUUUAUUGAGUCAGAGCUCGCCUUCGCCUAUGCAAGGACUAAUCGUUUGUCAGAUCUUGAAGAGUUCAUUUCAGGACCAAAUCAUGCCAAUAUCACUGUUGUAGCCGAUCGUUGUUUUGACCAACAACUAUACGAGGCAGCUAAGAUAUUAUAUUCGAACGUUAGCAACUAUUCCCGCCUAGCAAUAACUUUGGUUCACUUAGGUGAGUAUCAGGGAUCUGUGGAUGCUGCUCGAAAAGCAAAUUCAACACGCACUUGGAAAGAAGUAUGUUUCGCUUGUGUUAAUCACAAGGAAUUUCGUUUGGCUCAAAUGUGCGGUCUACAUAUUGUUGUACAUGCAGAUGAAUUAGGCGAUCUUAUUAAUUACUAUGAACAACGUGGUCACUUUGAUGAACUUAUUCAACUUUUAGAAGCUGGUUUAGGUUUGGAACGGGCACAUAUGGGAAUGUUCACCGAGCUGGCAAUAUUGUAUUCCAAGUUUAAGCCAGAGAAAAUGCGGGAACAUUUGGAGCUUUUCUGGUCUCGUGUCAAUAUUCCAAAGGUUCUUCGUGCUGCUGAACAAGCCCAUUUAUGGUCGGAGUUAGUAUUUCUUUAUGAUAAGUAUGAAGAGUAUGAUAAUGCGAUUCUUACAAUGAUGAGUCAUCCAACUGAAGGAUGGAGAGAAAAUCAUUUCAAAGACUUAAUAACACGAGUUGCUAAUGUAGAAUUAUAUUAUAAAGCGAUCCAAUUCUACUUGACUUACAAACCGCUGCUUUUAAAUGAUUUACUCACGGUCUUAUCACCACGUUUGGACCAUACACGUGCAGUAAAUUUCUUCAUCAAGGCAGGGCAUAUUGCUCUAGUUAAACCUUAUUUGCGGUCUGUUCAACAAAAUAACGCAAAUAAUAAAUCAGUCAACGAGGCUUUAAACGAUUUGUUAAUCGAAGAAGAAGAUUAUCAAGCUUUAAGGCAAUCUAUUGAAACUCAUAGUAACUUUGAUCAUAUUGCGUUGGCUCAACAGUUAGAGCGUCAUGAACUCAUCGAAUUCCGUCGUCUUGCUGCUUUACUGUUUAAAGGUAGUAAUCGGUGGAUGCAAAGUAUCGACCUAUGUAAACGUGAUCAGUUGUAUUCUGACGCCAUGCAAUAUGCCUGGGAUUCUCGGGAUCCUGAGACAGCUGAGGAAUUACUUCGUUGGUUCCUUUCCGAAAAUCUUCCAGAUUGUUUUGCAGCCUGUCUCUACCGUUGUUACGAUCUACUGCGUCCAGAUGUUGUCUUGGAACUUGCUUGGCGCAAUGGACUUAUUGACAUGGCUAUGCCAUUCUUAAUUCAGACUUUGAGAGAAUUAACAACAAAAGUGGACCGUCUAGAACGCUCCGAACAAACACGUGCUGCGGAGGAAGAGAAAGCUGAACAGGCAGUUAAUCCGCUAGUGAUGCGAACUGAACCUCAGCUAAUGUUACCAGGACCAGCAGGAUCUAUGCCAGCUGCCUUAAUCCCACCAGCGGGCGCAGCGAUUGGGAUGUUUGGAGUUACUGGCCCACAAAUGUAUUAUCAAACAAACGGACCAUCUUUUUAA